UCAUGCAGUGAACUCUCCUUCAGCUUGCUUGGGUCCUUUACUUGUUUAUGUUUUGGUGUUAAUCUUUUUGUAUUUUUAGUUUGCUUGAGUGCCAUCAAUUUUUCAUUUUCGAUGUACUAUUUUGGAUAAUGAUUAACCUUGAUAACUUGAUUAAUAAUGCAAGUUAACAAUAAACCUCCCGUCAGCAGUAACCAGUGCAUUAUCAAUAAACCAAUAAAAUGUGUUGUGGUUGGUGAUGGUACUGUCGGUAAAACUUGCCUUUUAAUUAGUUAUACAACCGAGGAAUUUCCUGGUGAAUAUGUUCCAACUGUAUUUGACAAUUAUUCGGCUACACUUGUAUUCGAGGGAAUGACCAUCACUCUAGGAUUAUGGGAUACUGCUGGCCAAGAAGAUUAUGAUAGACUUCGACCCUUAAGUUAUCCACAAACAGAUGUUUUCAUCAUUUGUUAUUCCGUUGUGUCACCUUCCUCAUUUGACAAUAUCCUAACCAAAUGGUAUCCUGAAAUAAGACAUCAUUGUCCGGAUACACCAAUACUUCUCGUUGGGACCAAAAUAGAUCUAAGAGAGGAUAAUGAAACUCUUAACUAUCUCAGCUCUCAAGGGCUCGCACCAAUCAAACGUGAACAAGGUAUAAAAAUGGCCUCAAAGAUUCGAGCUUAUAAAUACCUUGAAUGUUCAGCGUUAACUCAAAGAGGUGUCAAACAAGUCUUCGAUGAAGCUGUUCGAGCAAUUCUUAAACCUUUAGCCUCUCAUCCUUACCACAACAACAAAAAACUGUGUAACCUUAUGUGAUCUCUCUAUUUAAUCUUUUAAUCAUUCUACAACUUUUACGGAAAUAUCUCGUCUUGAAAUCUCAGAUAAUCAAUUUAACUCUCAUUGUCAACUUUUAUGUCAAUUUUUACCAUUUCUUCUCCCCAAGUCACACCAGUCAUUAUUUUAUCUUGAUUUAUGCUUAUUUGUACAAUAGGAAUUAUACUUAUAAAUAUGCAUUUUAUUCAAUUCCUUGA